GGCGUGCGGGAGAAAGAGGAGGCGCCCAUGGGGGCAUUGCUGCUGCUGAGGGACUGGGGCUGAUGGUGGGAGCGGCUCAGAAGCUCGGAGCCCAGCUGCUGUCCUGCCUUCUUGAAUGCUGGUGCCAUGACCCUGACCAAGGGCUCCUUCACCUACUCCAGUGGGGAGGAAUAUUGUGGGGAGUGGAAGGAAGGGCGUCGGCAUGGUGUUGGGCAGUUGACAUUUGCUGACGGCAGCAUUUACCUGGGACACUUUGAGAAUGGUCUCUUCAAUGGCUGUGGGGUGCUCACAUUUGCAGAUGGCUCCAGGUAUGAAGGAGAAUUUGUGCAGGGAAAGUUUAAUGGUGUUGGAGUCUUCACACGCUAUGACAACAUGAUCUUCGAGGGAGAAUUCAAGAGUGGACGUGUUGAUGGCUUUGGGCUUCUUACUUUUCCUGAUGGCUCCCAUGGGAUCCCUCGUAAUGAAGGUUUCUUUGAGAACAAUAAACUCUUGCGGCGGGAGAAGUGCCAGGCGGUGGUCCAGCGUGCACAAAGUGCCUCCAAGUUGGCACAUGUUCUCACAGCAUGAUGGGUGCAAUUUCAAAGGCACCCUCUGCCUCAGGACUCUCCCAUAUACUGCAGCCUAACCUGUAGUUUGGCAGGAAUGUGGCAUGCAGGUGUCACAGAGACUGAUACCAUCUCUAGGAGGCAGAUGAUCCCAAUUCAACCCUACUCAGUUGAGCAGCCUGUCUAGGGCAUUUCCUUCAACAGCUUGUUCUCCAUGCUGUGAACAGGUCCCAGACCUCAGUGGUCAAGCUGUUGUCACCUGCUAGACCAAUUCUGUUGCUCCUGAGGCAUUGGCAUUCCCUUUGUCAGGGACAUUGUCUGUGGGACAGUCUGCUAAUGCAUGGGAAGCAGUGUUCCCUACCUUUGGGAGAGGGAGCAAUCAUUUGUGUACACUGAGAAUUCACAAGGAUAUGCCUGUUCCAACCUUAACACUAAUGCAGCUGGAAGACUGGGAAAUUUGCUUGGUUUAUCUUCAGUGGUCAAAAGAGGAGUUGCAACUUGCAUUUAAUACAGCUUCCUGUCCCUUUCUAUGGCCAUAAGCCUCUUCUUCUCCUGGCUGCAUGAGGUUCAGCUUUCCUUUCUCUGUCCAAAUAAAAUAAAUUGAUGAUGAUGAUAUUAGAGAAUUGAGAUAGAGAUCAGAAUUCUGCAUCUUUUGAAUGUGCCUUUCCCCAGGUUUAUGAAUCAGCAUCAGGAAGGAGGCCUGGACUGUCAAUUCUAAUGCCCUUUAAACUCCAGAGUACACCUGAAAUCUCUUUCCACUCUUCAUUAUAGCUGUCUUGUGCUCUCUCUAGUUUGGGCCACUCUCACUGUGAAUUUUUGGGUUAUUCCUUGGAUGAAAGUUAACUAUUUCCCAGCUGUCAUCCCUUAUUUAGGGUCUACACUACUUGACUUUGCCUCUAGAGCUGUUGCAUGGCAUCCAUGCACCACAGUGCCACAUAAGCAGGGUUGUGCAUAUCUUGAACUUCAGAAACCAAUAUUCUGCACCAAGCAAAGCUGAAUCCAACAGACUGUAUCAGCUGUAUGAACAAAACAGGAGGCAUAUACUUAUCUGUGUAUGUUGUGUAUUUUCUUUGGUUCCUAGUCAUGGGAUGGGGGGAACCAAAUGGUUUUGCAACACUAAAGUGCUAUUGUUUAUUGCUAGUGCCAUAAGACCUAUACAGCUCCCCAAUCCUUCCUUUGGCUUCUGAGAUUUUAGCAGGUAUUGUAUAAACAUUUCCUAUUCUUCCCUUGCUGUCUUAAUUACUAGAAAUUUACAUUAAAAUGAAUAAUUCUUUUUUUUUAAGUCUCAGGAUGUUGAUAAUCUGCAUCCAGUUCUGUAUAAUACCUUCACAGAGCAAUGUCAUAUGCACAGCCCUAUGUAUACAUAAAACAAGUGGUGACUUUCCCUAUUUCACUCACUAGGUCCAAAGAGGUAGCUGCUCCCCAAUAUCAUAAUACUAUGUUAUCUCUUUACAAGCAGUUUGAUAUACAAUAAAUGAACUGUGGAACCUAUCACUACAGUAUGGAGAUUUUAGGGCAUCCUUGAUACUAGAGCUUGGGAAAGUUCCUUGUGUGGAUGAUAGCUCCUAUAAUCCUCAGCUACCAUGGCCAAUAACCACAUGGGCUGCAGGAUUUGAAGAGUUGUUCAGAAAAGUAACUCUUCUAAUCUUUGCCUAAUAUAUUAAUACAAGUUAACCUGGAGCAGUGAUGUGAGUGCAAGGUGCAGCUCCUGGCUAAAAAUAUCUUGGAAAUGGCAGGCUGGGAUAGCAAGAGGAGCAGCUCAUUGUUGCAUGGGCAUAGCAAAUGAGACUGAAAGUAAGCAUUGGUAUGGGGGAUUGAGUGGGGAAUGAGUGGUUAUUGAGGAGCUACUCUGUUUCUGCCCAACUACUUUGUGUUCCUGUGCAUUAAAAUUAAACAUGGGAUUGUUUUGAGACUGGGGGUGUGUGCUUAGGCAAGCAUUGACCUGCAUAGUAUGUGUCCUCAAGUGCCAUGCUGGAGCCUGUGUAACCAGCCCACCUCCACAUUGAAUGUUUGCAUGUCAAUGCCACCCUCGUGCCUUUGUGUCUCUGCCCAUGUAAGGGCCUUGGCCAAAUAAAGAUUUGCUGAAUCUCUG